AUGAAAUUUUGGAAGAUAAAGAGCAGCUUGGUUGUGGAUUCAGAGCUUUGUCUCAAAUGGUGGACUUUCGACAUGCUUUGGAGGACUGUGAUUUGCUGGCUAUUCAAGGUUUACAAGUUCACUUGGGAUAAUGGUAGAGUUGGAAUUGAGAACGAGUUUGAUAAUCUCCCUUUGUUAGUUGUGACUGACAACAACUCUCAAAGGAGAUGGGUUCGGAAGAAACGUUUCUUAUUUGAGGAGAUGUGGAGUGAUGAUCAUACUAGGAGUGAUGUCUAUAAGAAAUUGAAUGAAUGUGCUCAACAUUUAUCGGAUUGGAAUAAAUCCAAUUUUGGGCAUGUACCAAAAAAAUUGCAAAGGCUUCGAAGUCAACUCGUUGAAUUGCAUCAUGUGUUUCCUUCUAAACAUAUCAUCCAACAAAAGGCUUUGUUGCAACGUGAUAUUGAUUGCCUUUUAUUGAAGGAAGAAACUCUUUGGCAGCAACGAUCUCGAGUGUCUUGGUUGCAGAAAGGUGAUCAUAACACGCAUUACUUCCACAAUUAUGCGAGGCAACGAGUUAAUGAUACUAUGAAUGAUAUGCUUAUUAGUGAAUUUAUACGUGCAGAGUUAGAAGCUACUCUUGCUCAAAUGAUUCCUACAAAAGCACUAGGCCCUGAUGGUAUGCCAUUUAACCACACUCUAAUUGCCAUUAUCCCAAAGAUUGCUCAUCCUUCUCAUGUGUCGGAUUAUAGGCCAAUCAUUUUGUGUAAUAUUCUUUAUAAAUUGGUGGCUAAGACUCUUGCCAAUCGACUCAAGGUGGUUUUGCCUCAUGUUAUUUCAAGUUUUCAGAGUGCAUUUGUGCCUAAUCUUCUUAUCACCGACAACAUUAUUGCUGCUUUUGAAACAAUGCAUGCCAUUAAGAGAAGAGGGCGAAGGGGAAGGAAGAAGAUUGUUUUAAAAUUAGAUAUGUCAAAAGCUUAUGACCAAGUUGAAUGGACUUAUCUUGCUACUGUGAUGGCUAGAAUGGGUUUUCAUGUUAGAUGGGUCUCUAUGAUUUUGGAUUGUAUUUCGUCAGUAUCCUACUCAGUUUUAUGCAAUGGUUUCCCAUUUGGUCAUAUUGUUUCUCAAUGUGGUCUUCACCAAGGUGAUCCACUCUCACCAUAUUUGUUUCUUAUUUGUGCCGAAGGUUUCUCAGCACUUAUAAGGAGGGCACAAUUGAUGGGUUCGAUUCAUGGAGUGGCUAUAGCUAGGGGAGAACUUUCUAUAACUCAUUUGCUUUUUGUUGACGAUAAGCACUUAGGUCCUAGGCUCUUUGGGGUUCCAAGGUUUUUUUGUGUUGCUGGACCUCCCCAUGGGGAUGAGGCGCCACUUGCUUUCUUCCUUGGUUUUCAAAUUAGAGCUCACAGAGGAAAAGAGAAUGGAUAG